AUCUGGUUUGUUACUUGGAGUUGGUUGUCUGGGUGGUUUAACUAAUCUUUUCCUUAUCCUCGUAAUUCUACUCAAAUCUAACCUCAGAAGUACAUAAUAACCAGCAGUACGUGAAGGUCUUUAAUGCUGUGCACACACCUCUACAUGAAGAAUCUUGUACAAUACAAGAAAAUUUGGAGAUCCUGUUCCUAAACCUAAAUUACGACAAGAGAACUCUACGAUGACAGCUGUUCUAGUUAGUAGAAACAAAUCUCCUCUUCCAGGUCUAGUGAAUGAGUUUGAGAACAGAACUAGUAAUUGGACUCAUCCGUUCACAUGUAGACAGGAUGCGGAGACAGAAACCAGUAUACUCCUUGUCCUUGCUUCCCUUGGCAUGCUUGCAAAUACAAUGCUUAUGCUCACCAUAGUCCUCAAAAGUAGACUUAGGAGAUGGAGUCAAGGUCUUGUAUUUCACCAUGCACUGGUGGAUUUCUUACGCUCAGCUCUACUCAUUCCUCUAGGAGUUUCUAUUCUUGGCUGCCAGCCAAUAACAAAGUGUUCGCUAGUAGAAACAAGCUUCUUAGUUCUAGUAACUGCAUCUACAAUAAACCUGCUGACAACUGUACUGAAUGAUGCUCCUGUGCUACCGGAUGAUAAUGAAGAAGAUGCAAUCCCUAUAUUACUGGACAGUCCUCAGUGCGUUUUCUUCGGAAUCUUCAUAAUAUGGUUUGCAAGUAUCACAAUAAACCUUGGUCCCACCUUCCUCAGUGGUACAAUGGCGGCCAAUUCAAACUUUAGGCCGCGAGAGCCAUCCUGUCCCCUGGUGCAGGGUCCAUACAGACAUUAUAUCCUUAACUUGUUGUGGAUCUCAAUCAACUUAAUCUGUAUCCUUCUUACAAUAUAUCAUCUUCUUAAACUAUACAGAUACUUUUCUCAAACUAGCGAGGAUGCUUUAAGGGUUGCUACACUAGUUACAUCUAUACUUAAUCCAGAAGAGGAUAAUGACCUUGCUACUUUAUCCAAUGCUACUUCUGCUCAUACUUCAACUGGUGGUAUCCCCACCGACGCUACUGCUACUGCUGCUGCAACCGCUAUAUCUUUAGCAGCUGGUGCUGUUAAGAAACAAAAUGGCCGACCAAAGGAACUGAAUGGUACUGCUAAGAAACCCAAUGGUACUAACGAAGGUGCUGCUCUGCACAAUUCCUGUAAUCACAAUCAGUCUCUUUUCUCCUCUCCAACAAAACCAAGGAUACUGUAUGCGGAUCCUGAGAAAGUAAAGAUUUACCUCAACAAGGUUGAAAGAGAAGGAAUUGAACGAGUCAAGAUGUUUCUAAUAAUAACUCUGGCCUAUUUAAUAUUUUGGGGACCUCUCUUCCUUGUAACUUUGUUUAACUACGGAUGGGAGCUGCAAGAGGGCAAGCAGUCAAUAGCCCAUGAAGUAACAUUACAUGUUGCUCUAGUUCACAGUUUUGUAAACCCUGCACUUUUCCUUGUUCUUCACAGAGGACUACGACAAGCUUCAAUAGAGAUACUUUGUUUCUGCUGUACUGCUAAAACAAGGAUGAGGGCUAUUAUGACGAAAAGGAGGAAUGAGGCUAAAACAAGAGUUGCCUCAGCAAACAUUGCUUUUAUGAGAAGAUGUUCUACAGAGGAUUUAGAGCUGAGUGCUUCAGAGAAUUUGUAAUUUUUUGAUUUGACAAAUUAUGACUAAAAGGAAUUGAGUCUUUGCCACAAACUCACAGUUUUAAU